AUAAAUAAUAAUAAAAUACAUGAAGAUAACAAACAGCGCGUCAGUUGAGGCUGCCUUGUUCAGAUAGCGCAGUGCACCAGAAGCAACAGGUGUGGAGCACCACUGUAUCUCCGCUCCUCCAAGGCACCAAGAAAACCGUUAGAGGUGUGCUAGUCAUCUCAUAAUAUCGUCGCAAGACCACAUUUUUCAUUGACACAUGAAGGCUGUAACUUUGUUCAUGUUGGUGGCGACCCUGGCGGGAAGAGCCUCCGGGGACGUGCCGCUCCCUGAGAGGUCUUAUAAAAUCCUUAUGCUUCUCCCUGUCUCUUCAAGGAGUCACAUGAACAUAAUUGUGGCUCUGGCGGAGGCUCUGGCCCAACGCGGUCACAAGAUAAUGAUGCUCACCAAUCAACCGAGCCAAUCUGUGCAUCCAAACAUCCAUGAGGUGCAUCACGGUCUCACACACAUGGCUUUAUCAAAACGAAAUAUGUUCCAUGAGCGGAAAAAUUCGUCCACUGGAUUCGCAGUGUUUCCAAAAAUUUUGCCCGCCAUGGCCCGGGAUUUGUACAAGGUGCCAUCGGUUCAACAUUUAUAUGAAAAAAGAAAAGAAUUUGAUCUUGUAGUAGUAGACCACAUGUUCAAUGAGCCAUUGUCCUGUCCCCAGAUCGUGUACCCGUUCAUGCACGAGCUUCCCUUCGUCACUGUCGCCGUGCCGGGGAUGGACGCCCGCCAGAGUGCCGUCUUGGGCAAUGUCCAAAAUCCUUCCUACGUGCCUAACCUGUGGACCAGUUAUCCUUUCCCCAUGUCUUUGUGGCAGCGCCUCAAGAACACCGCCUUGCACGUUUGGAUAUCGUUCUACUGGAGGCACUGGGGCGUUGUUCCACGAAUUCAGAAGGAGAUUUCAGCCCAUUUCCCUGAUCUGCCGCCGCUGCUGGACAUCGAGAGGAACCAGAGUCUGACGCUGAUGAACACUCACUUCAGCAUUACCACGCCGUUGCCCCUCCUGCCCUCACAGGUGGAGGUGGGCGCCAUACACUGUCGCCCUGGCAAGCCUUUACCCCAGGACACGGAAUCGUGGCUCACGGGGGCGGGCACUGCGGGUGUUAUUUACUUCAGUCUGGGCUCUCUCACGCGUGGUGAUUCCAUGCUGCCUGAAUACCUCAAAGUCUUCCUGGAGGCUUUCCGCAGACUGCCGCAGCGGGUGCUGUGGAAGUACGAGGGAGAGCUAGAGGGCGCGUCUGACAACGUCAGGAUCAGCAACUGGUUCCCCCAGCAGGACAUCCUCGCUAACCACAACGUGAAGGUGUUCAUCUCUCAUGGCGGCCUCCUCAGCCUUCAGGAGUCCAUCUUUCAUGCUACACCCCUCCUCGUCCUGCCCAUCUUUGGUGACCAACCCAGGAAUGGCAUGCUCGUGGUAGACUCGGGAAUUGGUCGUGUGUUAGUGUGGGAGGAACUUACUGCUGACAGGAUCGUCGACACCCUCACUGACAUCAUCAACAACACAAAGUAUAAGGAGAACGUGGGCAGGAUGUCGGCUUCACUAAGGGAUCAACCGAUGACACCACUGGACCGUGCGGUAUUCUGGACGGAGUACGUGAUCCGCCACCGAGGGGCGCCCCAGCUGAGGUGCCCGGCUGCCCAGCUAUCUUGGGUGGAGUUCCUGAUGCUGGACGUGCUGGGUCUUCUGCUGCUGGCACUGCUGCUGCUGCUGCUUCUCAUCCGCCGAAUCCUGAGAGGAAUCUCUGCUACUCUUCUCGUCGGCAGUGCCAAGAAAAAGAAAGAGUGAAGAAUCGAAAAAUAGGAACAAGCGAGCAUAAUUAUUUUUUUUUAUUGUUAAAUAUGAAAAAACUUACUAGUUUAUUUUGUGUCUCUGAUUCUCUUAAAUAUCUCACGUGUCUUUUUACUUUUAUCAUUUCUGUUAUUCAUGAAAGGCUAACAGUACCUAUCUGAUAAAUUAUAAACAAUCCAC